CCCUAAACCCCAAACAUCCACACAUUUGUUCCUUUUCCUGCAAGCCCCAAAAAUUAACUUCCAAAAUCAAAAGAUGGAUGCAAUAGCUGCAGCUGAAGAGAGAAUAGUAACAGAAAGAAUAAGACAGAAACUCAACGAAGUUAACACAGCUGCCCAAACACAACUCUCUGGUGUCCAAGACCAUAUCAAUUUUACCCUUCAGCAAGCGUACUUCAAAUGUGCUUAUGAGUGCUUUGAUAGGAAGAAAAAUCAAGAGGAGAUAGGGAACUGUGUGGAGUAUUGCAGUGUUCCGGUUCUUAAAGCUCAGAAUUUUGUUGAGAAUGAAAUGGCCAAUUUUCAGGAAAAGAUGCAGAGGUCUCUAAUGGUCUGCCAGGACAAGUUUGAGACUGCUAAACUCCAGAAGAACAAAAGUGAUGCCAUAACGGAUAUGGAAUCAUGCGUAGACCAGUCGGUCCAAGACAGCAUCAAGACAUUGCCACAUCUGGUUGGUAAAUUCAAGGUUUCUCUCGGCAUUACUGAUUAGAGAAAUUUAGCUCGCCAUUUACUUGAAGAUAUAGGCCCUUCUUGUACUUCUCGUAUUAUGUUGAUUUUAGCUUAAAUAGACGCUGAGACAAGUCCAAGAAGGCGAAUUAAUAAAAAUCCAUUCAGUUUUGUAAACCAUAAUUCCAACCUCUUAAUUCUUGCUCCUGAAAGCUGUUAUACCUGUAACGAUCAAAAAGCUUAAGUUCAAUUCAGAAAUGUCAUUCUUUCUCCUGUUAUUUCCUUUCAGACUAAUGUGAUCCAAUGCCAUCUCAAAUUGCCCUGAAAUUUAGCUGGUUGUGAUGAUUGACCUGUCAGGUGUUGACAUUAUCUGUAGUUCAUGUUUGAUAUAUUGUACAAAAACUAUGCCUCAAUCUCAAGUGGGCAGGUUGUAUGAACCUCUAUUGCCCAUAUCAUUCAAUUUAGCUAGUUUGAGUCCAAUAUUAUUAAAUUUUAGUUUCUCUAACAUUUGAAC